ACCAGACACAUCCCCUUAGAUAAAGACUAGAGAAAGCAUUUCAGGCUCAGUGCCUAGGCUGCCAUGAGGAGCAAGGAGUGAUAGUGUCGCCCAGAGAUCUGUCCGAUCACACCUGGGGUGGGUGAGCUGCCAGUCCUCAUCUAGACAGGACCUCUUUAAUGUACAUAUCCAUGGAGAAGUUCUGAGCAGGCAUUGGAUUUCACAUCAUAAGCCAAAAUGACAGAUCUCGUGACUCCAACCCCUGCAGAGAUCCCUAAACACAUACUGGACAUUUGGGUCAUCGUUCUCAUUAUUCUGGCCACUAUCUUGGUGAUGACAUCAAUGCUUCUCUUUCCGGCUGCAGCUGUCAUCAUGUACAGAGUACGGACUCAUCCAAUCCAAAACAGCCAAUAGCAGCAUGGAGGAGAACUGUAAUUAACACCACAGAGGGGUUCAGUGUCAUAAUGUGGACAGGGUACAUCAGUUGGAUAAGGAUGCGAAAAGACAAUCAAUCUG